GCGACAAUAAUUUCGACAGCAAGCCAAAAUGGCGCAGAUUGGCUCAGAAUCGACGACUACGACUAGUACGACUAGUUCUACGACUAUGAUGACCGGGCCCGCAGCACCACCGCCGCCACCGCCAAUGUUUGUCCCGCCAUCCGGUCCUGGGAUCAAGUACAAGCACGCGCCACUGCCGCCCAAGCCGCCGGUGCUGGACGAGGAGGCGCGGGCCAAGCUGGUUGUCGGCGGACGGGCUGAUUCUGGCAUGGUGCAAGUGAACAAGGCCGACCCGCAGUGGCUGAGCAAGACGAUCGAGCACAGCAAGCAGGCCAAGGUGCGCAAGUGGGCCGCCGUCGAGACGGUCGCGUCGCAGGUCCCGCGGAUUGACUUUGCUGAUGCAACGCCGUUCGCAUUGACGAGCCAAUUCAGCCAGAAUCGCACUUCGAACGCAACCGCGGAAAGUGACGUGUCCCUGCUCGAGGCCAAGCCAGUCCCCUGGAGCACUGCAUCUGCACUGGGCCUGUCCCAUGCAGGUGCCGGCGGCGUUUACUUUAUCCAAUUCCCGGACAAGAGCGUCGUCGUGGUCAAGGGUUCGCAAACCACCCCGCAAGAGUUUCUCGCCUUCCAUCUCGCCGCACUGCUGGGUGCCGAUGCCAUCCGAGUGCCGUGGAUGCGCGUUGUCGAUCUGGGAAGUAACGAGCAUGUGGCCAUCCAGCAGGCCAUUCGCAAAUACCUCGAUCCGGUUGCGCACGCAGGACUCGAAAAGUCGGCUUCGCGGCCGUUUCUCAUUGUCAUGGAGUUUGUGCCGGGCUCGUCGGUCGAGUCGAUGACUGCUGCUGACAUGAAGCGUCUGUUCCAUGGCGACAAUGUCCGUGUGACUGAGGUGAACACGACCGCGGUGAUUACCGACGCGGGUGCGGCACCGCAGCCGAUUGACCUGAGCAGUGGCAGUCCUAGUGGCAGCCCUCGCAGCAGCAGCAAUAACAUUAGCAGCAGCAACAGCAACAGCAACAGCCACAGCAGCAAUAACACGAGUUCCAACGCGGCUCUGCCUGCUGACGCAGAAGAUAUUAGCCAGGUGACGACAGUGUCGGUCGAUCAGCCUCUCAGCCCUCGUGGCAAAGAGCUGCUCGAGGCCCUCGGUCGCGUUGUCACGUUCGACAUGUGGAUUAAUAACUGGGAUCGCUUCCCGUGCGUUUGGGACAAUGAAGGCAAUCCCAACAAUGUUCUUGUCGUUGAUCACAGCGGUCCAGAAGCCGAUCUCUGCGCCAUCGACCAAAUGGUGACUUGCCUUGAUCCCCGAAAUUUCGCCGCAGCACUCGAUGCGUACAAGACGAACGUCCGGAACUUUCUGGUCGAGCUGCGGGGCUGGCGCAAGGGCGAGGUUAAACUCACCGACACGAAUCUGGGCCGGCUGCGCUCGUCCAUCGAGCUGUGCUGUGGCUACUCGCUCACCGAAGACGAGCUGUCCUUUGUGCGGCGCGGCAUUCUCGACAUGGCCGAAACCAUCUCGACCGUGUCCGACCAGGAAAUCCGCGCCAAAGUCAGCCACAUCAAGACGUGCAUUGCGGUCGACUGGGAGAAUACCUGGAGCAUUGCGUGCAACUCGAUCAACGAAGACCACUUGCUUGGGCUGCGUGAUGUGUUUGCCGAAGUUUGCUCUUGAACGCUCAUGUCGGGAGGAUCUCUCUCUCUCUCGUUGGGUAGCUGAAGUUUUUUUUUUUGCGUUGCCUUUCGUCGUUUUCAUUCGCUUUCCAUUUUGUGAAUUCCAAAACCAAAAGACGGGGUGGUGCUGCACAAUGUAUGAUGUUGUUCCAUUACAAACAAAACGCAAAUCACCCGCCC